AUGGCACUUGCUCAAGCUCCACCUUCUGCUUCUCUUUCCGUCUCUCUUCGCGAUGCUCGUGUUUUCGCCACAAGAAACUCCCCUGCAGCCUCUGCGAAGUUUUCUAAAUCCUGUUUGGCUCCAGUUCGAGCAUCCUUCGUCACUGGCUCCCCUCUAAUGAUUAGGAAAAAUCAUGGAAGAAAGUCAGCAUAUAGAGCAAUGCCAGUUUCGAUAAGAUGUGAACAAAACACUAAGGAUGGGAACGGUUUGGAUGUAUGGCUGGGUCGGGUAGCCAUGGUUGGCUUUGCUGUUGCCAUUACUGUUGAAAUUACAUCUGGAAAAGGACUUCUAGAGAACUUUGGACUCACAAGUCCACUGCCUACAGUUGCCCUGGCCGUAACAGGACUGGUGGGUGUCUUGACAGCAGUUUUCAUCUUCCAGUCAGCCUCAGAGAACUGA